AGGGAGGGUAUUUCUCCAUAAAAUUGUUUCUAUUUGUGUAUGGAUGUAUUUCCAGUAUAAGUGUUUGUGCAGGGUAAAGUAUAAAAUUUUCUCUUUGAUUGGUCUUUUAAAUAUCUCAGAUUUUAUUUUGCACAUACCUCAACUUCUAAAAGUGUUACCUCAAAUGACGUAUGGAUGUGUCUCACAUUUACAGACUUCUUUUAAUUUUUCUGCUAGGAUUUCGACCUUUACUUUCAUCCAGGUUGUUUUUUAGCCAUGUAUUGUGGAAUAUCCCAUUUACUUACUGGUUUAGGGAGGCUUUAUUUGAAUAGAUCUAUUAGGUCAUUUUUUAAAUAGUCUUAUCCAAGCUAUCACUGUCGUCUCUAUUGCAUGCGCAUAGGUAUAGAACAAAACCGCCUUUUUAGUGCAUACUAUACAUCUUUCCUCAAAUCUAACAGCUUAAGACUUUUACUGUGUCAUUUGCGAGGGGGUAUUUGUCCAGAAUAUUGUUUCUAUUGGUGCAUAGAUGUGCACCCAACCUCACUGAAUGUUUAAUUUAAGGCGUAAAGUCUUCUCUUGAUUGGCGUGCUUCAUCUUUUUGCGGAAGGGUAUUCGUCCAAAGUAUAGUGUCUAUUUGUGAAUGGAUUGUUAUCCAACAUCAGUGUUGGUUUGGUUUAUAGUGAAUAGUUUUUCCUUCAAUUGGUCUGCUGUGGGACUUUUGAUGUGUCAUUUUCUUGGAGGGUAUUUAGCCCAAAUAUGACUUCUAUUGGUGGAUGGAUGUGUAUCCAACCUCAAUAUUUGUUCAAUUACAGUGUAAAGUCUACACAUUGAUUAGUCUACUUUAGAACUUUCAUUUUUUUAUAUCGCGGUAAGGUACUUGUCCAAAAUAUAGUGUCUCUUUGUGUACUGACGUGUAUCCAACAUCAGUGUUUGUUUAGUUUAAAGCAUAAAGUCUUCUCUUGAUUGGCGUGCUUGAGGACUUUUAAUGUAGGACUUUUGAUGUAUCAUUUCGCAGAAGAGUAUUUUCUCAUAAUAUCAUUUCUAUUGGUAAAUGGAUGUAUACUCAACCUCAAUUGUUGUUUUUUUCAAUAUGUGAUCACUUUGCAUUAAUUGGUCUACUUUAGAAAAUUUGAUACGUCAUUUCCAGGGAGAAUACUUGUUUCUACUGCGGAAUAAUGUGGCAUAUUACGUUAGUUAUAGCCUAUCUACAAAAAAAUGCAUUUGUUAUGUAGCGAUAGAGAGUAUUAUAAGGGCAAUAUGCAAUAUUAUGCGAUAUUACGUUGGUUAUGGAUUAUUGACAGAAAAAUAUGAAUUUGUUAAGGAACGAUUGAGAGUAUUAUGAAGGCAUUAUGCAGUGUCAUGCGAUAUUACGUUGGUAUGGCCAUCGACAAAAAAUUUAUGUACUUUUUAUGAAUUAUGAAAGUAUUAUGCAGUAUUAUGCAGUAUUAUGCGAUAUUACGUUGGUAUGGAUUAUUAACAGAAAAAAUAUGUAUUUGUUACGCAGCGACAGAGAGUAUUAUAAAGGUAUUAUGCAGUAUUAUGCGAUAUUACGUUGGUAUGACCAUCGACAGAAAAAAUAUGUAUUUGUUAUAUAGAGAGGAUGUCGGAUAAUGCGGUUUCAUUUGUCGGGUCCAUUUGGUUGGAGAAGUAUGACUGAACGUCUGUCGGACUUUUAAUAUCGAUAAAGUAUGAAGGGUGCUAGUUAUGUUGUACGUCGUGUGUCGGGACCACUUAGCCCGGUGCUAAAUGAAGUCAUUGCCCGCUUCCACCACCUCUACCCCCACCUCUACCUCCACCUUCCCAAAACCGGUAAAUUCGACGUCAUCCGAUAAAUUCCGAUUCUGAUAAAAUCCAACGCAUGCGCAAUAGCGAUUAACGGGAAUAAUGCUGACAUCAACAAAAAUAGAGAUUGCGCAAUUGAGUAGGGGAAAGUCCCUUACUCAAGGAUCCCUUGCCGAGGUCGGGAUAAAAAAAGAUGAGUUGGAGACAAGAAAGAUGGAAAAAUUUGGUUGAAGAGAAUCCCCUGGUGGUAAGGUAUGUUCCGGACCAAUUCAAGACCCAGGAAAUGUGCAACAAGGUUGUUCAAAAGAACACCCCGCUAUUCAAGUAUAUUCCUGACAGGUUCAAGAUGCGGGGCAUGUGCACUAUGGCGGUUGGGGAGUAUCCAGGGAUGCUCAGACAUGUUCCGGACUGGUUCGUGACCCGGGACAUGUGUAGUAGCACUGAUCCUCGAUUGCUCGAUGCUUAUCGUCAGCGGAAAGCGGAGAAGGCAAGGAUUAAGGGGGAGCUGCUUCCAUUGGCCUGGCAUCCCGACAGAGUUAUAGGCUGGUGCUUCUCGGAAGAUGAAAAGGCGGACCUCGAGCUCUUGUGGAGUAAAUAAACAAUGAAGGAACAAUGCGAUAAAUGUAAACGAGUACUCGACACCUAUGACAGAUGCUCCUGUGGACGAAGGUUCUUCAUAAAAGCUAAGCUGCUCUGCUGGCACUGCUGGCAGGAGUACAUCACGUAUAAUGGUGGUAGCUGUCCAUGUGAUGCUAGUUGAGGUUUUGUUUUUCUACAAACAAAGAGACAUGUCUGACAAAAUGAACAAAACACUAAACUUUUCUGGAAUCGAAGUACCAACCACGAACAUCUUAUUCAAUGUAGACUCGAAAAUCAUGUAACCUUCCGAAGUUGAUGUGAACAAGGUCGUGAUCUCAUCGAUGGUCGACUUUUCAGUCCAUAGCAACACGAUCAAGUUCAAGCGCAUCUAUGUGGGAUACAAGGAGUUGGAUGACAAGAUCACAUCCCUCUGCAUCCAGGCCUCCAAUCAGAAUAGCUAUGGUAUUCAAAAAUAUAACGAGACCGCCAAGUGGAAAGUGUGCUUUAUCAUCGAUCCUGAAAACCCAAAGCAGACCGAUUAUAUCAAGUGCAUGCAAAAGAUCGACGCUCGGAUCUGUGAGCUCGCCAAGAACUACAGGCACCCCAUGAUCAAGCAAAUCUCGGAUAACUCACCCAUCAAGGAGAGAUUAAUUCCCACCUUUUGCCAGCAGAGCACAAAGUACGGAGACGGUAAGCCAGUCAGGAAGAUAACCACGCCAUUCUUCAACAGGCACCGACAGCAAGUAGAUCCAGCUAUUUAUGAUGGGAAGAGGCUUUCCAUGGUGGCAGCUAUAACAUAUAGAGAUGUAUACCUUUCAUCCAACACCAUCCCAGAAAGGAGCCUCGAGAUUUGGCAAGCGAUCAUCACUGGGGCUCACGACAUACCAAAACAGACGCUGAUAAUCGAUGUGGAUGAAGGAGAUUGUUCAGAAGAUGAAGCUGACAACGCUGACUUUGUAGACCUCGAGUAAGAAACGACAGUCAAUCAGGCGAACCUUCGGGUUUAGUUGUAGUGGAUACAAAGAUUUCUAGGGUUGGUAUUCAGCCAUAGAAACAAACAUGAACGACGUUAAGGCACUGAAAAAGGAAGCAAAAGCACUAAAGAUCCGUAACUACUCAACUAUGAAGAAAGCUGAACUCCUCGAAGCCAUCCGCAAGGUAAGGACGCUUCUACACAAACUGAUGGGCCAUUCUGCGAACCAUGCGCUAUGAUCGCUUGGCAGAAAAAUCUCGAGCACCUUCUGAAAGAUCUCGCUCAAAGGCAGCGAACUAUUAUACACGAUGGUGACUUGCCGAUCGAUGAUGAUACAGGUGAAGUGGUUGGCAUAGCCUAGUAGAGCUUUGUGGAAUCUUGUGCAGAAGCUACCUCCAACAAAACUUACACUGAGUAGGCAGGUGGUUGUUCUACAUAGCACUUACAUGUUGCACAGAUUGUAGU